AUGGAAUCCCGGAGUGCCUCUCCGCUUCCCCCUUUCCCCCGGCUGGGGGGAGAAUGGGACAUUUGCACGUCUGCAGGAAAGAGAUGCCCAGUGUCCCUUGAGGAGGUAGUCGUGUCCUUCACAGCGGAGGAAUGGGCUCUGCUGGAUCAAAGCCAAAGAAAAGUGUUCUGGGAAGUGAUGGAGGAAAAUUACGAGACUGUGGCCUCUCUGGGGGACUACAUUUACCAGAAGGACUUGCAAGUACUAGAGAGGUCAACCCUGUGCUUUCUAGGUGUUGAGAAAAUGUUUUCACCUCAAGAUGGAGAAGACACUGUAAAGGAUAUGAAGUUCCACCAAGCCUCUGUUCUUUCUUGUUUCUCCUGGCUGGAGGGAGAAUUUGGCUUUUGUACGUCUGCAGGAAAGAGAUCCCCCGUGUCCUUUGAGGGGGUAGCCAUUUCCUUCACAGCAGAGGAAUGGGCUGUCCUAGAUGCAGGCCAAAGAAAACUCUACUGGGAUGUUACAAAGGAAAAUUACGAGAACGUGGCCUCUCUGGUUGGAGCUGUGAGGGAAAUGGUGAGCGAGAAAGAAUCAGGAAGAAGACUUAUGGAAAAAGACAACAAUCUACAGGUGGAAGCAAAGUCUGAGGAUCAAGUGAAUGCCCACCUAACUAGCCAUCAAAAGGUUCACACAGGGGAGAAGCCAUAUAAAUGCUUGGAGUGUGGAAUGUGCUUCUCUCGAAAAUGGAGCCUAUCUGUGCAUCAAAGGAAUCAUACAGGGGAGAAGCCUUAUAAAUGUUUGGAGUGUGGAAAGUGCUUCUCUAUAAAAGGCAACCUAAAUCAACAUAAAAAGAGUCAUGCAGAGGAGAAGUCUUAUAAAUGCUUGGAGUGUGGGAAGUGCUUCUCUCAGAGUGGAAACCUAAGUUCACAUCGAAAGAUGCAUACAGGAGAGAAGCCAUAUAAAUGUUUGGAGUGUGGAAAGUGCUUCUCGCAGAGAGGAAGCCUAACUGAACAUCAAAAGGUUCACACAGGGGAGAAGCCGUAUAAAUGCUUGGAGUGUGGAAAGUGCUUCUGUUAUAAAACCAGUCUAAAGGAACAUCAGAAGAUUCAUACAGAGGUAAAAUUGUAUAAAUGCUUACAGUGUGGAAAGUCCUUCCGUCACAGUGCAAACCUAACUGCGCAUCAAAAGAUACACACAGGAGAGAAGCCACAUAAAUGCUUGGAGUGUGGAAAACGUUUCUCUGCAAGUAACCACCUAAGUAGACAUCAAAAGGUUCAUACAGGAGAGAAGCCAUAUAAAUGCUUGGAGUGCGGAAAGUGCUUUUCUAGUAAAGAUGCCCUAACUGCACAUCAAAAGAUUCACACAGGAGAGAAGCCAUAUAAAUGUUUGGAGUGUGGAAAGUGCUUCUCUCGGAGUGGAAGCCUAAGUUCACAUCAAAAGAGGCAUACAGGAGAGAAGCCAUACAAAUGUUUGGAGUGUGGAAAGUGCUUCUCUCAUAAUGGCCACUUAAGGAGACAUCAAAAGGUACACACAGGGGAGAAGCCAUAUAAAUGCUUGGAGUGUGGAAAGUGCUUUUAUCAGAAUUACCGCCUAACAGCGCAUCAAAACAAACAUACAGGGGAGAAGCCAUAUAAAUGUUUAACUUGUGGAAAGUGCUUCUCCCAAAAAAACAGCCUAGCUGUACACCAAAAGGUUCAUACGGGGGAGUUGCCGUAUUCAUGCUUAGAGUGUGGAAAGUGCUUCUCUCGGAACAGCAGCCUAACUGCACAUCAAAAGAUUCACACAGGGGAGAAACCAUAUAAAUGCUUGGAGUGUGGAAAGUGCUUUCGUUACAAAAACAACCUAAAGGACCAUCAGAAGAUUCAUACAGGGGUAAAGUUGUAUAAAUGCUUGGAAUGUGGAAAGUCCUUCUGUCACAGAGCAAACCUAACUGCGCAUCAAAAGAUACACACAGGACGGAAGCCACAUAAAUGCUUGGAGUGUGGAAAGUGCUUCUCUAUAAGUAGCCACCUAAGUAGACAUCAAACGGUUCAUACAGGAGAGAAACCAUAUAAAUGCUUGGAGUGUGGAAAGUACUUCUCUCAGAGUGGAAACCUAAGUGCACAUCAAAGGAGGCACACAGGAGAGAAGCCAUAUAAAUGCUUGGAGUGUGGAAAGUGCUUCUCUGAGAACGGCUCUCUAUGUGAACAUAAAAAGAUUCACAGAGGAGAGAAACCAUAUAAGUGCUUGGAGUGUGGAAAGUGCUUUUAUCAGAAUUACCGCCUAAUUGCACAUCAAAACAUACACGUAGUGGAGAAACCAUAUAAAUGA